AGCAUCAAAGCCAUCAAUCAUCUCCACACAGCAACUCGAUCGUGCAUCGGAUACCAAAUGGCGGCGUCUCAGGCCAUCGAGAGCCACCGCGCCGGCGCCGAGGUCGCCACCGGAGACGCCACCUGCAGGAACAAGUGCAUCGAGCUGCUGGAGGAGCUCGGCCUCCCCAGGGGCCUCCUGCCAUUGGAGGACCUCGAGGAGUUCGGCUACAACCGGGACACCGGCUUCAUGUGGCUGGUCCAGAGGAAGAAGAAGAAGGUCGAGCACACCUUCAAGAAGAUCAAGCAGACCGUCUCCUACGCCGGCGAGGUCACGGCGUUCGCCGAGAAGGGGAGGCUGAAGAAGAUCGCCGGCGUGAAGACCAAGGAGCUGCUGCUCUGGCUCAGCGUCGUCGAGGUCUACGUCGCCGAUGCCUCGCCGGAGAAGGUCACCUUCAAGACUGGGACCGGGCUCUCUGACACCUUCGACGCCGCCGCAUUUGCCCUCGGGGAGUAGAAACUAAUUGGGCGUAUGAUACUAGGGUUCCAGGGUGUGCCAGAAAGAAUCCUGGUUAGGUUUGCUGCAGUUUGCUGAUGAAAAAGUUGUUUAACCUACCAUCCCUAUGUUUUUCUAUUUCUACUCUCUCUGUUGCCAUGUGUUAAGUGAAGACAGAUAUGUUUUAUUGUCACUUUUAUAUGAAUUGAGACAUUACAUCAUAGGCAGGUAGACGUUCACAUGCAUCCCUGGGAUCAGUUAAGCUUGUGCAGC